AUGACAGUACUGUCUACAGAGGUUUUGAAAGAUGCGAUUAAUACGACGUCAGUGCCACCCGAGCCAAGCAUCAUCGAUCAAAGAUCACAUAUUUGGGAGAAGAUACAAGAAGCGCAGAAGUCAAAUGACACUAUCUUGACCAAGAUCCUCUUAGCCGCGUACAACGAAUUGGACCAACCCAAGAAGCCGGCCCCGCCAAAGAUGACACGCUCCUUGUCAGCCAUGCCGGUAUUACCUAAUGCGCAAACAAUAAUCGGUGGCAAUAAUUCAGAGACAGUGACCGAAUUGGAAGACAACUUAGUCUACGCAGUAGGAGCAGUAACCAGCCAUCAAGACAUAGGCUUCACCCCAUAUUUCAAUGAGAACAUCAAGAAAUUGCGAGCGCCCCUACCGCUAACCAUAUUUGACAGGGAGUGGCAGAAGAAGGCGAUAGCGGCCCACCUAAUGUUGAAGCCGUCUAAGUCUACGGAAGAUAAAGCUUACCGAGGUCUAGCGUAUCACGACGAAUGGACCCAAACACACUCAUCGUGGACUAAUAAUCAUCGCGCCUUCUACAUCACACUCAGGGAUGUAUACAACAAGGGCAUUUUCGCAGAAAAGCUGAGGAUCCACAAGGAAAACUGUGACGCCAUCUCAGACGUCUACGGGUUCAUGACAGCGUUCCGAUACGAUAUGCAGGUACGAAUGAACGCCUUCGCGCACCGCAUUCCAUCGAAAGACGGAGCGGCAGUACCCGACAUAUCGGUCAAACAGAUGGUUGUAGUAGAACAGUGCUACAGCACUGUAAGAUCCUUAGGAGAAGCUAGUUGGAAGGACAACAACUAUGCUCCGGGUUUCUCACAUGCAAAUGUCGACCCAGAUACUGGUUUCAAACGCCCGGAUCUACACAAAUCUUCUUCCUAUCAAUCGAGCCUAAACCGAGACGGAGUUCAAAAUCAAGGAAAUCACCAAGAGAGAAGGAGAGAGAAACGAUGGGCCAACGGUUACAACGAACACUUUGCCAACACAGGUAACCGACCCUACAGUUUCGGAGGAAGAAAUCAACAUCAUCAAUUCAACAAUCAGAACGAUUUCAAUAGCUACAAUGCGAACUAUUAUCCCCACCAUCAAAGUCAAGGGAAUCCUAAUCCAGUCACAGUUUCGGGGUGGAAACAAACGUUUCAAAGGAGGAAAUUCUAG